UGGAAGGGGUAUAGUGUGACAUAUUUUUAGCAUAAAUACUGUGUCUUCAAUCUCUGAAUGCAUCAGUUCAUCUGUGUACACAGUCAUCGAAUAAUUUUAUUAAACGUUCAAAAAUCUAUAAAAUGGCCGCUAAGUUGAUCAUCUUCGCCGUUUGCGUGGCUUCCGCCCUCGCCCAAUACGCUGCCCCAGCUUACAGACCAGUAUACCCGGCACCCGCUUACGUGGCACCAAAGGCUUACGCCCCAGAGCCCGCAUACGCCCCAGCCCCAUACAAAUUCGAAUACAGCGUAAAUGACCCAAUCACCUACGAUGUCAAGAGCCAAUCUGAAUACGCCGACGGCAACGGCAACAUUAAGGGAUCGUACAGCCUUUUGGAAGCCGACGGUUCCACCCGCGUCGUCGAGUACACCGCCGACGACAACAGCGGUUUCAACGCCGUCGUCAAGAAAAUCGAAGGAGGAUACAAGACUCCGUACAUAGCCACUACUCCAGCCUACAAAGCCUACCCAGUACCAGCUUACAAGCCAGUCCCAUACAAGGCAUACUAAUAUUUUUUUUUUCCAUUAUUGAGUUACCAUACUAAAUUUUCAUGCAGACAGUUAUAACAUUCCAUAUCGCAUGUUCAUCAACCAAAUAUGUCAUCAUUGUUUUUAUUCUAUAAAUAAAUAUUAAAUAAAAAUAACA